CCAAGGACAAAAAUGAGUGGGCCACUCGUCUCUGGGACCUGCUCAGGUCUGGAAGAGGUUUCUGAGCUGAAGUCUCCGCUGAGCUCUAGGUACAGGGAACCUCUCACCCACGCUCGGUUCCAAGAGCUUUUCGGGGGCGCAGAGGAACCGGAGCUACCAGCGGAGCCCUGCAGGCUGUGGAGGAGGCGAGCCUGCUUCUGUUCUGGGCCAGGGGCGUGGCGCGUGCUGCUGGCACGGGUGCCCCCGCUGCGCUGGCUGCCCCACUACCGCUGGCGAGCCUGGCUUCUAGGAGAUGCUGUGGCCGGAGUGACGGUGGGCGUUGUGCACGUGCCCCAGGGCAUGGCCUUUGCCCUCCUGACCUCGGUGCCCCCGGUCUUCGGACUCUACACUUCUUUCUUUCCGGUUCUUAUCUACAGUUUGCUGGGUACCGGGAGACACCUGUCCACUGGAACUUUCGCAGUCCUCAGCCUCAUGACCGGCUCCGUGGUGGAGCGGCUGGUGCCCGAACCCCUGGCGGGGAACCUCAGUAGCGUUGAAAGGGAGCAACUGGAAGCUCGGAGAGUUGGGGCGGCAGCGGCGGUGGCCUUCGGGAGUGGGGCGCUGAUGCUGGCCAUGUUCGCGCUGCAGCUCGGAGUCCUGUCCACCUUUUUAUCGGAGCCUGUGGUCAAGGCGCUGACCAGCGGGGCCGCGCUGCACGUGCUGGUGUCGCAGCUGCCCAGCCUCUUGGGAUUGUCUCUCCCACGCCAGAUUGGCUGCUUUUCUCUCUUCAAGACGCUGGCUGCGGUGCUCACGGCACUGGCCCGGAGCAGUCCUGCGGAACUGACCAUCUCAGCGCUCAGCCUGGCCUUGCUAGUGCCGGUCAAGGAGCUGAACGUGCGAUUCCGGGACAGGUUACCCACUCCGAUCCCAGGAGAAGUUGUCAUGGUGCUUCUGGCCACUGUGCUGUGCUUUGCCUCGUCCCUGGACACAAGAUACAAUGUCCAGGUGGUGGGACUAUUGCCUGGAGGAUUUCCCCAACCCCUCUUGCCCACCCUGGAUGAGCUGCCCAGGAUACUGGCCGACUCGCUGCCCAUCGCGUUGGUUACCUUUGCCGUGUCCACCUCCCUGGCCUCCAUCUAUGCAGACAAGUACGGCUACACCAUUGACCCCAACCAGGAACUCCUGGCCCAUGGUGUCUCCAACCUCAUCUCUUCUCUCUUCUCUUGUUUUCCCAACUCGGCCACACUGGCUACAACCAGCUUAUUGGUGGAUGCUGGUGGGAACACACAGCUGGCCGGCCUCUUCUCCUGCAUAGUGGUUCUCUCUGUGCUUCUGUGGCUGGGGCCCUUCUUCUACUAUCUGCCCAAGGCUGUCCUGGCUUGCAUCAACAUCUCCAGCAUGCGCCAGAUGUUCUUCCAGAUGCAGGAACUGCCACAGCUGUGGCACAUCAGCCGUGUGGACUUUGCUGUGUGGAUGGUCACAUGGGUGGCAGUAGUGACCCUGAAUGUGGACCUGGGCCUGGCUGUGGGUGUGAUCGUCUCUAUGAUGACGGUGGUCUGCCGAACUCAGAGGGUUCAGUGCCUGGCACUUGGAUUGGCUGAGGGGACCGAGCUCUACAGGCCACUCAGAGAGAGCCACAAGCUCCUCCAGGUUCCGGGUCUCUGUAUCCUGAGCUAUCCCACGCCACUCUACUUUGCGACCCGUGGGCAGUUCCGCCACACCUUGGAGUGGCAUCUGGGGUUUGGAGAAAGAAGCCAGUGGUCUCCAAAGCUGGGUGGUCUACCUGACAAAGGUGCUGAGCCCAUCAGGGUGGUGAUCCUAGACUUCAGCGGCAUCAGCUUUGCAGAUGCUGCAGGGGCCAGGGAAGUGAUACAGCUCACCAGGCGAUGCCAGGAUGCCGGGAUCUGUCUCCUCCUGGCCCAGUGUAAUGCCUUGGUGCUGGAGACCUUGACCCGGGCUGGACUCCUGGAUAGAAUGACUCCAGAACAACUCUUUGUGAGUGUCCAGGAUGCAGCCGCUCAUGCGCUGGAGAGACUGAAGCCCGCUGGCCCAAAGAUCUGCACAGUAUGGGUCUGACCAAGGUCACCUGGAGUGUGAGAGGCCCCAACAGUAUGUGUGUGAGGAAGGCCACGGCCCUUGAGCCUCCUGCCAAAUGCAACCAAUAAAAUGAAGCUGAGACUCUGUGCAGCCCAUGAAAUGGGUCUAGUUGUCUGCACAUGGACCUCGCCAGCCCCCCCCCCCCCAGCCCCACCGUUCCCAAAGGACAGCAGAGACACAAAUAAAAAAAUGGCUUUCA